AUGAAAUUAACUUCGUCUAUGAAAUGUCUUCAAUUGCAUCAAAUCACAAUUAAUGGCUUUAAUCGAAUGAAAAAAGAAGUUAAUGAAUAUAUAUCAAAUAUAAGCAAAGAAGAAAUUAUUCAAAAUAAGAAAGAAAUAGAAGGAAUAGCUAGAGCCAAAGAAGUAAAAGAAACUAAGCCUGUAGUCAGUAAAAAGAGACAGCAAAAAGAAGUUAGCAUAGAGGAAAAAUCAACCAAGAUACUAACUCAAAUGCAAGACAAAUAG